CCAAGAUGCAGCUUUUCGUGAAAAUCCUUACUGGGAAGACCAUCACUCUUGAGGUUGAACCCUCGGGUACAAUAGAAAAUAUAAAGGCCAAGACCCAGGAUAAGGAAGGAAUUCCUCCUGCUCAGCAAAGACCGAUCUUUGCUGGCAAGCAGCUGGAAGAUGGACGUACUUUGUCAGACUACAACAUUCAAAAAGAGUCCACUCUUCAUCUUGUGUUGAGACUUCGUGGUGGUGUUAAGAAAGGGAAGAAGUCUUACACCACUCCCAAGAAGAAUAAGCAAAAGAGAAGGACGCUUAAGCUGGCUGUCCUGAAAUACUAUAAGGUGGAUGAGGAUGGCAAAAGCAGUCGCCUUCAUCGGGAGUGCCCUUCAGAUGAAUGUGAUGCUGGAGUUUUUACGGCCAGCCACUUUGACAGACAUUAUUGUGGCAAAUGUCGUCUGACCUACUGCUUCAACAAACCAGAAGAUACGUAAUUGUAUAUGGGUUAAUAAAAGACAUG